AUGGUAAAAGCCGAAGAUCAAGAAGGGAAACCGGUCUGGGAUAAGCCUGUUGAUGUUGAUGAGAAAUGGAUUCAGUUUGUCGAUGACAAUGUCUCAGCAAAGUUGCCACCAGGCUCCAAAGUCAAAGGCAUCGCCCCUUUCGGAGCCAGCUACUGGACACGUACAGCCGAAAUUCCAACCGUGCAAGCUGACGGCUCGGCCUUGUCCUUCUUCCUAAAGGUCGCGCAGCAUGAAACCGGCAAAGCCAUGGUCUCCGGCGAAUUCGUCUCAAUGUCAUCGCUCUACAAGGCGCUCCCGUACAUCGUCCCCCAUCCCUAUGCUUCGGGGACUUAUGCUUCCGACCCCAACACUCACUUCUUCCUCUGCGGCUUUGUAGACAUGGACGAAGACCUUCCUGACGUUCAGAAAUUGGCGCGCGGUCUGGCAGAACUACACAUGAACGGCGUAAACCCGAAUGUGGUGCCUCGAUUGCUUCGGCCAUUGGAGACUGGCGGUAGGAUGAUCAAGCCGAGAUUGGUCCAUGGUGAUAUUUGGGACGGCAACGUCUCCACAGACCUAAACUCGAACACACCUGUGAUUUAUGAUGCUACCUGCAUAUAUGCUCACAAUGAAAUCGAACUUGCGCCUUUGCGACCAAUCCGCCAUAAGAUGGGAAAGCAAUACGUGAAAGCCUAUUUCGAACACUUCCAAAUGUCAGACCCAGAAGAAGACCAGGACGAUCGGAAUGCUUUGUACUGCCUUCGCUGGGAUAUGAAUUGCUCAACAUUGUACCCCGGCAAUCUUCGAUACAGAAAGAUGUGCACCGAUGUGAUGCGCUACUUCGUCGAUAAAUUUCCGAACGGUUAUGAGGGCUGGGCGAAGGAGAGAGGGGAAAAGCCGGUUACCAGAGACUAUCUGAAGCCUUUUUAG